CGUUGACCGUUGAGCUGUGACCUCUCCUAACUACUUCCUGUGUGAUUCUUAGUUGUUGUUGGCAUUUUGACGCAAGAGGAUAUUUUUCUUUUUCUUUCUAAAAGUUUUGAACGAUGUUACCGUAAGAUCAGAAGUCGCUUGUAGCGAAAAAGAAAUAGAAACCCCCUCCCCAAGGGAAUGCCGCAGUGACGGGGAUUAAAGUGUUUGUUAUUUUCGACAUUUGAAGCUGUUUAGAGUUGAUAUUAGAAAAUAAAUGAGCAACACUCUUUGAACCUGAUAAGCAAUGCCUCCAGUGCGCCGAUCAAGGAGUGGCAGUCCAGACUCGUCAGUCAGCCCUAAGAGAAGACGACGUAGCAGCAGCAAUGACAGCAGAACUCAGAGUCCUCCAGCAAAAUGUAACAAACAUCACUCAGGACACCGCAAAUCUCCAUCAAUCGACAAAAAGCUAAAAAGAUCCAGAUCUAAUUCGAGAGAAAGAUCCAGCACACAUAAGUAUCAAAAUGGUGUACACCACAGCCGUUCUAGGUCAAGAUCCAGAGAUCAAACUUCACGUUCACACCACGGACACUACAACAAGCUGCAUAUGGAACAUUAUGGAAAAGAGCAAGAAGACCUACUUCGACAGAGACACAAUGCUUUUAUUGCCAGGCGUCUAAAGGAAAGAGAGAGAAUUGGAGAACUUGGGGCACCUGAAGUGUGGGGGCUGUCUCCAAAGGUCCCAGAACCAGAUUCCGAUGAGCACACUCCAGUUGAGGGUGAGCAAGCCAAGAGCAGCAGUUCUGAUUCCAGUGCAGAAGAGGGGAAAAAGAGGAAAAAGAAAAAAAGGAAGAAGAAUAAAAAGAAGAAAUCAAAGAAGAAAAAGCAUAAGCAUUCAGAAGAAAGUGAAUCAGACUCUAACAGUGCAAGUGACUUAAGCGAUCGAGACAAAAAGAAAAAGAAGAGAAAGAAAUCCCACAAAAAGAAGAAACCUAAGAAAGCAAAAAAGAACAAGAAGGGGAUAUCUGAAUCUAGCAAUGGAGAGUCUGAGGAAGAAAAUGCAAAUAAUGAAGCUAUCUGGGUAGAAAAAACAUGUACAUAUGAUGGAGAGAUUGUGGUUGGACCUGAAGCUCCCAUGCAACAGUCUGCACAAGAUAAUGAUAAACCUUUGAAUUAUGGUCAUGCCCUGCUUCCUGGUGAAGGUGCUGCCAUGGCUGAGUAUGUGAAAGCUGGGAAGCGUAUACCACGAAGAGGUGAAAUCGGUUUGACGAGUGACCAGAUUGCUGCCUUUGAACAUUCUGGUUAUGUAAUGAGCGGUAGCAGACAUCGGCGUAUGGAGGCCGUGCGUCUCCGUAAAGAGAACCAGAUUUACAGUGCAGAUGAGAAGAGGGCUUUGGCUUCAUUUAACAAGGAGGAACGAUUAAAGAGGGAGAACAAAAUCCUGUCUGGCUUCAGGGAGAUGGUGCACAGAAAGACUAAAGGGAAAGAAGAAAAAUAGAGACUUGUUUUUUUUAAAUAGCCUCUGUAGUAUUGUGUUUUAAAAAAAAAUUGGUAAAAAGCACAGGAGGUCAGUCAGCAUCUGAAAACAAAGAAAUUGUUUCAGGUGGGUAAUUGUAACGUUAAUAUAUUUCCUUUCAGAAGCUAAAUGACCUGCUGUGUAUUCCUACUCAGUUCUGUUGUUUAUUUCCAUUUUCAGCAUUUAUAUUUUUUCUUUUUAAAAUCUUGGUGUAUAACUGAGCCUUGGAUGUUAUAAAUUCAUUUUGAUUUUGUUACAGUUGUUGGUUUGAAUUGAAUGUUAAUAUUGUACACUUAACCUUAAUUUUAUAUUGUCUUUCUAAAUUUUAUAAAAUAACUUCAGUUCAUUGCUAACUUGCUGUAAAAUUAUGAUAAAAUUGUUAAUAUCUUGUGUGACAAAUUACUUUUCAUUUGUAUUGCAUUCAAAUCGAUUGCUCAAAGGAAAGGAGAAAGUGCCCUGAUUCUAACGGUAAACGGAACGAACAUCUUAAAUGAUCUUCAAAGGGAUGUUGAAUAUAUUCCAUCCUGAUUGGUGAUGACGUAAACCUUGAUCUUGGAUCUCACCUCUAGUUACACAGGUGAUAAGGUUAACCUUGGGAGUUGCCGAAAGCUAGCAGAAAAGCAGACAAGCUCAGGAUCUGAGGAUUCACGUUACUAUGCUUUGACCUAACUGGUUAAGCUUUUGAUAUAAGGAGAUGGUGUUUAGUGUUUGGAAAAUAGAAGAGAGUUCCUCAGUGCUCCCAUCAAUCUGGUUAAUGAUCUAAACCUCGGAUAACAUUCACACAUGGCUUCCCAAAUUUUGAGCUAAAAGAUUUUGUGAUGGCAGUAAUGGUGAAACUGUCAGCAAGCGCCAUCAUUAAUCCACUGAAAUUGGCAAAAAGUUUGGGAGUUUGCACAUGCGCAGGAAUCCCGAAGUUGCUGUCAGUCUACACACCUCCAGAAGGUGUGUUGUUGAGGUCCUCUCUAGAGUACAAUCCCUAAAAAAAAAAAAUCAGUGAAUUAAUGAAAACUGUGUAGCUGUAAAAACCCUGAAAACAUUACACCUUGUUGAAUGAGAUAUGCCUGGGUUUUAAGUGGCGUACUAACUUCAUAAUUUCUGCUGAGCACCCUCACAGAACCUGAAAAGCUAAUUUUGUAUUUGUGGAAUGUCAAAUUUCUCCACUGUAGCAAAAUUCCACAUUUUUAAAACUACUUAAAUUUUGUUUAGCUUCUAUCUUAAUAUAAAUAUAAAAUAAGCAUUUAUUUUGCUAUCUGACAAUUUAAAAGUGAAAAAUAAAAUGCUUUUAAAGUA